CACAGAGAGAGGGAGAGAGAUUUUCCAUCUGCUGUGCCCAUAACAGCCAGUGCUGGGGCCAGGUAGAAGACAGGAGGCAGGAACUCUGUCACAUGACCUCACAUUAGCAGGAAGCUGGAACUGAAAACUGAAAGUAGAGUGGCCAGGAGUUGAACCAGCAUUCUGAUAUGAGAUGCAAGCAUACUAGGUAGCGAUUUUAACCACUGUGUUAAACACCUGCCCCUUAUUUUUUGUUAAAUGCAGGUGUGUACAGCCAUAAAUACACCUCUGGGCAGUGCUUUCACUACAUUCCAUCAAUUUUGGUGUGUUAUAUUUUUGUUUUCAUUCACCUCAAAGUGUUUUCUACUUUUCCUAGUGAUUUCUUCUUUGACACAUUAAUUAUUGAGAACAUAUGGUUUGAUUUCUGCAUAUCAUGGUUUUCCUAUUUUCCUUCUCUUAUUGAUUUCACAUUUAAUUCCAUUGUAAUUUGAAAACAUACUCAAACGUUAUGAUUUCAAUCUUUUUAACUUUAUUGAGACUUACUCUAUAGCAUCAUAUAUGCUUUAUCAUGGAGGAUGUUCCAUGUUCACUUGAGAAGGCUGUCCAUCCUGCUGUUAAGAGAAGUGUUCUGUAGAUGUCUGUUAGCUCUGGUUGUAUUAUAAUGCGGUUCAAGUCUCCUUUUUUGAUCUUCUGUUUGGGUUUUCUAGUAAUUAUUGAAAGUAUGGUAUCAAAACUUACAUUUUUUCUUGUUGAUUUAAUUCUUCUUCCCUUCAAUUCUGUGCUUUUUGCUUGUGUAUUUGGGGGUGCUGAUGUUGAAUGUACAUAUUAUCAUAAUUUUUUGUUAUUAAUAGAUUAAUUAUUUAUCAUUGUUAAGGCCCUCUUUGUCUUUACAAUGCUUUUUUGUUUUAAAAAUCGAUCUUCUCUACUGUGGGUGUGGGAUUCUUAUUCUCCUCUGUUUGCUGUUUACCUGGUAUAUCUUUUUUUAUUUUUUUUAAGUUUUUUUAUUUUUUAUUUUUGACAGGCAGAGUGGACAGUGAGAGAGACAGAGACAGAGAGAAAGGUCUUCCUUUCGCUGUUGGCUCACCCUCCAAUGGCCGCCACAGUACAGCACGCUGCGGCCAGUGCACCACGCUGAUCCGAUGGCAGGAGCCAGGCACUUCUCCUGGUCUCCCAUGGGGUGCGGGGCCCAAGUACUUGGGCCAUCCUCCACUGUACUCCCUGGCCACAGCAGAGAGCUAGCCUGGAAGAGAGGCAACCAGGACAGAAUCCGGCGCCCUGACCGGGACUAGAACCUGGUGUGCCGGCGCUGCAAGGCGGAGGAUUAGCCUAGUGAGCCACGGCGCCGGCUAGGUUCUAUUACUUUCAACCUGUUUUUGUCUAGUGGACAUUUCUUAUUAUACCACCAUAGAUUAGGGAUUCACAUUACUUAUUGUCAUUAUCACUGUUAUUUUAUAUUUAGCUAACUACUACUGUAGGUUUUAUUCCUUCAAUCUUUCUAAGCCUUUGUAUUGAGAUAUGUAAGUGCAUCAUCACAAAUAGAAGAGGAUUUUUUCUCUUGGGUUUCAAAAGUGAUUAGAGCCUGUAAAUAUAUACUUUCUCAGAAGAGUUGGUACAGAACAGGAUGAAGCUGUGGCUUGUGUCUUUCUUAGGGGCUGGUAUUUUCCCCCAUUACUGGGAUUAUCACCUGCUCUCAACACUAGUCUAGAAAUUCAGGGUCUGCUUUGUGACAGCCUAGGGUCAACCCUGCAAUUGUAUUCCUGACAUUCCAGACCAUACUCCCCUUGCCUGACUGGCAAUGGAAAGGAAACAGGGUGUAACAAUAGGAACACUGGAAUGCUCCGGUUCUGGGUUGACCUUUGUAUUGCUGCUAAUCCUUUAUUUUCUUAGGCAAAAGAGAUGAAAGUAAAACUGAACAGGAAUCCAAAGACUUGAUAGGAGUCUCCCCUUCUGAAGCUUUCCCCAACCUUCACACCUUCCAAACAUUUGGGAAAGGCAGGAAGUUUUCCCUGUGGGUUGUCUUUGUGAUGACAUGAUGCGGCAGGUUCAUCAGUGGGGAAAACCCCGUGUGAGAACACGCCUUCUGUGUACAUUCCCAAUAUUUGCUAUAAGUAGGGCUAUCCCAGGUUGCUAUCAGAACACAACAGAACCGCCAGGGCACUGGGUACCCAGAACUGAGCAGAUCUGUUCUUUGAGCUGAAAAUGACGUGUGGUAGCAAAUCUUUACUUCUGUCUGCAUUGAUGUCAUUGCUGCUACUGCAUCUCUGCAGCAAGUUGGAAGCAGCAAGUAACUUUGACUGCUGCCUUCGGUAUACAGAAUGUAGAAUUCAUCCCAGAUUUAUCGUGGGCUUCACACAGCAGCUGGCCAAUGAAGCGUGUGACAUCAAUGCUAUCAUCCUUCACACAAAGAAAAAUUUGUCUGUGUGUGCAGAUCCGAAGAAGGAAUGGGUGAAAAGAGUUGUGCAUAUCCUCAGUAACAGAGUCAAGAAAAUGUAAAAACAAAUGCUAUUCUGGAGUAGGAUUGGACACAGCCCAAGAACCAAAAGAACCUAUGUAGGGUUGGAGAUUUCAUUUGCACAUCAUUGAAGGUCUAGCACUUAUCUGAUUUAUACCUUGUUGGGCUUGUCCAGUUAAUGAAGUUGAUUCAUAUUGCAUCAUAAUUUGCUUUGUUUAAGCACCACAUUAGAGUCAAACUGCUUUGUGUUAAGUUAUUUACAGUUGUAAGUUUUCUAUGUUUGUCUAUUUAAUACUGUUUUACCAUAAGCUAUUUGGUUUAGUGCAAAGUAUAAAAUUAUGUUUGGGGGAAUAAGAUUAUAAGGGCUUAUUUGCAAGCAACAAGCUAUUUUUAAAACAACUACUUAACAUUCUUCUGUGUAUAUAAUUUUGUCUCAAAUUGUUGUAAAUCUUAUAAAGAAGAAACAUUAUAAGGAUAAAAAAUGAAAAUAAAACAAGGAACCAAAAAGUUGUUUGUAUAUAAUUUAUUAA